CAGUCACACUGCAACACGUGCGCGCACGAUAUAUAUUUUGAGAUAAUUUAAAUACCCAAAUGCUAUAGAAAUGGUGGACAACAUAUCACUGAAUGUGAGUGCCAAGGCAUCGGCCGGGAAGCCCCAACAGAAGCAGCAACAGAAAAGCGCGCGGCAGCCCGUGGGGAAACGCGCUCCACCAUCCAGCAAUUUCGAUUUCCAAUUCAAUGCGGAGAAGCCCAAGGUGAAGGCGAUAGUGGUGCGGCGACGGGUGCCCAGCAAGGUGCAGGAAAAGGUCCAAGCUGCUCCUCCACUGCCCGCUGCUCGUGCUCCCGCUUCCACUUCCACGUCCCUGCUCUCUGGCGAUCUCAUGUUCAAUGCCACCGCAGCGCCACCAGCUGCCCCAAAGCCCAGUCUGGGCAAUGAUCUAAUGCUCAAUGUCAGCGCAACGCCAGUGGCCGCUGCAGCGGCCAAGCCAAAGCCAAAGACCACGAGGGCCGAGCGCAUGGGCAGCAAGAAACGCAGCAAUCCAGUGUCCAAGCUGAGCGACGAGCAGCUCAAAAGCGCACUGAAGAGAAAAGGCCAACCGGAGAAUCCCAACAAACUGCCACGCGCUGGCGACAUCUUCAAGGCGCAAAUCGAGGAGGAGCGAAAGCAGAAGCUGGCAACAGAAGAGCCACAACGGGAGCAGGAAGAACAGAAAGAGCAGAAAGAUCAGCCGGAACAGAAGCAGGAGGCUGCCCCAACGGUGGCCACCAAUCGCUUUCGCACCAAGAAAAUUGGCCUCUUCGAUCAGAGCGAUGUGGAGGCGCUCAAGCAGCUGGGCCAGCGGACGGUGAAGCCCGUGAGGGAGACAAUAUUCGCGGGCAGCAAAGUGGCGAGUCUCGGGCUGCAUGCGCACGCGGUGAAGAAUCUGGAGGAUCUGCUGAGCAUAACAGAGCUUACCACGGUGCAGCAGAAGACCAUACCGCAUGUGCUGAGCGGCAAGGAUGUGCUCGUGCGCUCCCAGACGGGCUCCGGCAAGACGCUGGCCUACGCCCUGCCGCUGGUGGAGAAGCUGCAGGCGCAGAUGCCGCAUAUCAAGCGCACCGACGGCGUCGUGGCCCUGAUCAUUGUGCCCACCCGCGAGCUGGUCGUGCAGACGUACGAGCUGCUCCAGAAGCUGCUCAAGCCCUACACGUGGAUCGUGCCCGGUUCGCUGCUGGGUGGAGAGAGCCGCAAGAGCGAGAAGGCGCGCCUGCGGAAGGGCAUCAAUGUGCUGGUGGGCACGCCGGGCCGCCUGGUCGACCAUCUGCUGCACACGGCCUCCUUCAAGCUCUUUCGGCUGCAGUUCCUCGUGCUGGACGAGGCCGAUCGCCUGCUGGAGCUCGGCUACGAGCGGGACGUCAAGCAGCUGGUGGAGGCCAUCGAUAAGCACCGGCUGGAGGCUAAGGCAGAGGACGAGAAGCUGCCGCAGCUGCAGCGUCUGCUGCUGAGCGCAACGCUCACCGCCCAGGUCCAGGAGCUGGCCGGACUCGCCCUCAGCGAUCCCCUCUACAUCGACAACAGCGACGAGGCAGCCAGUGCAGCGCUCAAGAGCAAGGAGGGCUACCAGAAAGACUCGAUCGAGGCCCAGCUGGAGCCGGACGAUGGCCUCGGUGAGUAUCAGGAGGAUGUGACGGGCGUGCUCAGCAUUCCAGAGCAUCUACACCUGAGCUACAUCGUGGUGCCGGCCAAGCUGCGACUCGUGGCCCUCUCCUCGCUGCUGGCCAAGGAAAUGGCCGCCAGCCCCAAGCAGUUCAAGGCCAUCAUCUUCAUGAGCACCACCGAAAUGGUCAACUUCCACCACGACAUGCUCAACGAGGCGCUCACCCGGCGCGUCCUCGACGAGGAUGACGAGAAGGUCAAGGAGAACGAUGAGGACUCUGACGACCAGGACAACAGCACACCGCUGCUGCAGGGACUGCGCUUCUUCAAACUGCACGGCUCCAUGACACAGACGGAGCGUCAGGGCGUCUUUCGAGGAUUCAGGGACUGCGCCAGCUGUGUGCUACUGGCCACCGAUGUCGUGGGCCGUGGCAUUGAUGUGCCCGACAUUAAGCUUGUGAUCCAGUAUACGCCGCCCCAGACCACGGCGGACUUUGUGCAUCGCGUGGGCAGGACAGCGCGUGCGGGCCGCAAGGGCAGGGCAGUGCUCUUCCUGGCGCCGAGCGAGUCGCAGUUUGUGCGGCACCUGGAGAACAAGCGCAUCCGCAUACAGCAGGGCGACAUGUACGCCUAUCUGCAGACGCUGUUGCCGCUCGACGACGAGGCGCGUACCGUACAGGAGGCGGCGUCCAAUUUGCAGCACAAGUUCCAAACGCUGCUCGAGGAUGAUCGCGAGCUGCAUGAAAAGUCCUGCAAAGCCUUUGUGUCCUGGAUGAAGUUCUAUUCGACAUUUCCCAAGGAGCUGAAGCCCAUCUUCAACGUACGUAUCGCCCACAUGGGACACUUUGCCAAGAGCUUUGCCCUCAAGGAGGCACCCACCAAGUUCGCGGGCAAACAUGCCGCACCCAAGGCGCCGCCACCCACCAAUCAAUUGACCUACACGGAGCGCGAUCCCGAAAAGUUGCAGCAGGAGAAGCGCAGCAAGCGACGCAUCUACACGACGACAGUCAGCGGGGAAGUGCGUCAGAUGCAGCCAAAGGAUAUGCCGAGCAAGGACCAGAAGAGGGGAGCAGCGGCAGGAGCUGGCGGACCACCGCCAGCAGGUGGUGCCGUUGGUCGCAGCAGCUUCAUGAAGAGCCUGAACAAGUCGAGGGCUCUCAACAUAUCCGAGUUUGAUAGCGGCCUCCCGUCGGUGGGGCCGGCCAAGCGACUCAAGAAGGCGUAGUUCGUGGAGGGGACCUCCCCAACCAACACGAGACCGCUUGGAGUCCGGGAGGACACAUCGCUGCCAGGCUCUCCGGCCACUUUGCGACUCUUUAUGCGCGCCAUUUUGCUCCGGCCGCCUGGCUGCCUGUCCGCCGUGCCUGCUCAAGCAUUUAAUCGAAAAGAAUAUUGCUCGGCCAGGCUAAGAUAAGAAAUACAACAACAACAACAACAACAACAGCAGCAGCAGCAAGUAAGAAAUAAGUUUAUGUAUAAGAAAAAAGUCUCUGGGAAGAAAAAAAAGAGAAAUGAAAACGCCAAACGAGAUGCGCUCAUAAAAGUUUCAUUUUUCUCAACUUUUAAGCCCGGACGUCCUGUGGGAAAAGUUGCGUGAAACCCGGCGAGCAGGCAGCAUAUUUUUUAAGCUCAUCUCUCCACACUACCAUGCGCUGUACACCCUUGCGGGGAGUGUUUUAGUGAAGUGAAUGCAAUAUAAUAAUGUAUAUAGAAUAUUCUUGAUCCAUGAAGCCAUGUCCAGCCUUGUCUAGCAGCCACAACUAAUAAGCUUAAAUUGAUUUCAAUUGCAACCCAAGUACUCUAGGAAGAACGAACAAGAUUGAAGCUACUGACAAAUUAUAAGACCACGUUUAUAUCUUGUACCAGAGAGUGUCUGCAAAGAGUAUCAAACACUUCGCUCAAUCGCUCACUCUGUGUGGCUUUGCUUUCUUGUUUUAUGAUUACUUUUCCCUCUUUAACUUGAUGUAAUAUAUAAAUAUAUUUUAUUUGAUUUUUUUCUGCUUA